AUGCUGGACAAUUUUCGCCGUGCUGCCUGGGCACAGCUCAAGGCUAUCAAGCCGGCCUUUGUGUCCAAGAACCCUCAUUUCAACUUCAUCACCGCACACUACUUUUGGAUCGUUGGUGCGACAAUAGUAGGCUCUAUUUGCCUCUACAUUGGUGGCACAGGCCAUUUAGCUUAUAUCGACGCUCUACUUUUUGCCAGUGGCGCAAACACACAAGCCGGUCUGAAUCCGGUCGACGUGAAUCUUCUUACCACUUUCCAACAGACCGUCAUUUACGUCCUUGUCAUGCUGUCCAACCCAAUUACCCUUCAUGGCUCCGUCGUUUUCCUGCGCAUAUACUGGUUUGAAAAGCGCUUUCAAGGCUGGGUGCGUGAGGUCCGCAGUCGACGUCCCAACUUGACCAAGUCAAAAUCCCAAGCUGUCGACGAGACGCACAGGGCUGAGCAAGGUGUCAAUGGACGUCACAUUACAGUGGUUCCCCCCAACGGAAAGGCUCAGCGUAUGACAAACGACGGCAUUCUUCUUGACAGCUCCGCCACUGCACCUGCUGACCUACCCCGCCGCGUCAACGAGGACAGUGAUACCACCACGACCGCAACAGAUAGCCCAUCUGCCACUACGCCAGGCCACUCCCAACAUACCCGCGAUAGUGACGAUGGUAUGCCCUCAACUCAUGGCACUGCAACACCGGUUGCUGGAAUGCGUGCUCGUGCCGAUAGCGCAGGAGAACACGUGCAUGGCGCCACUGCUAUUACUUUCGCUGACACUGUCAAGCGAAGUGAUGGCCUGGAGGAAGAUGCCACCGAAUUUGCUCAGAGACGUCCAAAUCUCCAGCACAUAGCCAUCCUAGAGCGCCAGCGCAACGAAGACGACAACGAUGUCCUUCGCAUUCCCGGCCCUCGGGAUAUCGAGCGCGGACAGGUACCCACUCGCUUGGAGGAAUUCGAGCGUGACGAAGCUCUUGGUCCUCAAAUAUCUCGCCUAGUCAGUAAUCCUGGCUCGAAAGUGGCCCAAGGCGAAGGGACGUAUCAAGGCCUUCGCGGCCGCCACCCAACUAUUACCAUUGCCGAGCCUGAUCGACGACAAAGAGAGUUAGCCGAUGAUGCCAAGGCAUUGACUGGGACUCUUGAUGCCUUCCGUUUCAGAAAACCCCGCCUCUUCAAUAGAAGCGGACAAAGCUCGCACCACGAAGAAGACGAAGACCAACCUCCCAGGCCUACACGUACAUGGACUCUGGAACGCAUCCGAUCAGCGCUACACCGCGAUUCUAGCAAAAUCGACGACAUGCCGUAUCUCAGCUACACCCCAACCAUGGCCAGAAACUCCAAUUUCGUUGGCCUCACGCUUGAGCAGCGUGAAGAACUGGGUGGUAUUGAAUAUCGCUCCUUGCGAACCCUUGCUUUUGUUCUUCUUGGGUACUUUUGGGGCUUCCAGCUUUUCGGCGUUGUAACUCUGUUGCCCUUCAUUAUGAACAGCGAGAAAUACGGCAAAAUCAUCGAGGAUGAUGGCGUCUCGAGAGUGUGGUGGGGCUUCUUUACACCCAAUGUCAGCUUUAUGGAUGUUGGCUUUACCUUGACACCCGAUAGCAUGAUUUCUUUUGUCCGGUCCGAGUAUGUUUUGAUGAUUUCGUGUUUUCUCAUCAUUCUCGGAAACACCGGAUUUCCCGUCAUGCUGCGAUUCAUCAUUUGGACUCUGACAAAGAUUGUCCCCAGGCACUCUGGUCUUUGGGAAGAGCUCCAGUUCCUUUUGGACCACCCACGUCGAUGCUUCACACUUCUGUUCCCUUCGGGUCCGAACUGGUGGCUAUUUUGGAUUCUCAUUUCGCUCAAUGCAGUUGACUUGCUUUUCUUCCUGGUUUUGGAUUUGGGCAAGGAGCCCAUUAGCCUACUUCCCCUGCACAACAGAGUCGUUGUCGGGUUGUUCCAGGCCGCUUCGACGAGAACUGCGGGGUUUUCGGCUGUCAACUUGAGUGAUCUUCACCCUGCCAUGCCUGUCCUAUACAUGAUUAUGAUGUAUAUUUCCGUCUUUCCCAUUGCCAUUUCGAUUCGGCGAACCAACGUAUACGAGGAAAAGUCUCUCGGCGUCUACGACCACAAUGAAGGUGCGGAGCAGGAGGCGAGUGCUCUGUCCUAUGUCGGUACUCAUUUACGCCGACAACUUUCUUUCGAUUUGUGGUUUGUAUUUUUGGGCUUUUUCAUCCUCUGUAUCACAGAGGGCUCAAAAAUCCAGGCGGGUCGCUUUGAUGUGUUUUCGGUCUUGUUUGAAGUCGUCAGUGCCUACGGUACUGUCGGACUGAGCAUGGGUGCCGUGGGUGUUAACGCAUCGCUAUGCAGCCAGUUCUCCGUUGUUGGCAAGCUCAUCAUCGCUGCUCUGCAGAUCCGAGGCCGUCACCGUGGUCUGCCGUACGGUCUAGAUAAGGCCGUGCUCCUCCCUAGCGAGGCUCGUUUCAAGAAGGAGGCCGAAGACGCGGAGGCAGUCUUGGCCCGUAUGAACACAGCGCCGUCAGCGACGACCACUGGACUUCAAAGACUACCGAGCGUUGCGCGCGGACGCACCGUAAGCAGAGGCAGGGAUUCAAACAUCAUUGCAAAGUUUCUACACCCCGGCCCCGUGGCCCAACGCGAUGGUGAUGUUGCGCGGCAGCGAAGCCGGUCCACCGAGUCUCGCGCGCUCGCUCUGGAGCGCAAUCACACCUUGACGGAACCGCCAGCUGAGGCGGAUGAGGAACUUGAACGGCUACCCAGUGGUGCAUCGUCAAAGCGAAUGCAGCCGAUGCAGCCGAUGCGCGCUGACACCGCACCGGCGGCUCACCCUACUCCCUGGAGGCCAUAG